AUGGCAUCGACAAAGUUAUUAGAAGAUAUUAAAACAGAUGUUCAACAGAAAACAAAUGCUGAAAUGCAAUCACUUAUUGAAAAAGCAGCCGAUUUAGUACUUAAUUGUGAAGCUAUUUUAUUUACUAGUGGUGCUGGAAUGGGUGUAAGUAGUGGACUUGGUACAUUUCGAGGUGCUGCAGCUGGUGUUUGGCCACCUUUAUUAAAGCAUCCAGAAUUAGAUUUUACUGAUAUGAGUAAUCCACAAUGGUUUCGAAAGCCACAAGGUAAUAGUGAUAAACACAAUACGGCUAAUUUUGGUUAUGCUUUUUGGGCAUAUCGAUACAAUGCUUAUACAUCAGCUGCUCCACAUCUUGGUUAUGAAAUUACUAAACGAUGGAGUGAAUUGAAUAAUGUUAAAUCUUCAUUUAGUUUUACUAGUAAUAUUGAUGGUCAUUGGAUAAAAUCAGGUUGGAAUGAAUCAGCAGUUCUUGAAUGUCAUGGUUCUGUUCAUUAUAUGCAAUGUAUUGAUCAAUGUCGUAAACAUAUAUGGGAUACUAACAAUGCAUUGAAAUUGAAUGUAGAUUCAAAAACGGAUUGUGUUAUUGAUCCUUUACCGCAAUGUCCUGAUUGUAAGAAUUUAGCAAGACCAAAUGUAUUAAUGUUUGGCGAUUGGGAAUAUUUAGACGAUCGAUUAAAUGAACAAAUCGUUCAUUACGAAAAAUUUAAAUCUGACAUUGCUGGUGCAAAAGGCAGAUUAUUAAUUAUUGAAUUAGGAGCUGGUACAGCUGUUCCAACCGUUAGAGCACAAAGUGAAGUAAUAUUUGCCGAUUCAAGAUGGACAGCUGAUUUUAUUCGUAUUAAUCCAUUAGAAGAACAUUCGAUAAUUAGUUUGUAUUACAAAAAUAAAAGUAAAGGACAAACAAUAGAAAUUGCUCUUGAUGCAUUAACAGCUUUGAAAUUAAUUGAUGAAGCAAUCAAGAAGAAAUUGAAACAAUAA